ACCCUUCUGCCUCUCUCUCUCUCUCUCUCUCUCUCUGCGCCAAACUCUUCACUAGAAGAAGCAAAAGGGAGGAAGAGCUCCCCUCACCUCACUCCCUUAUUUCUGAUACUCCCUCCCUCAAGCUUUCUCUCUCUUCCCCCUCUCUCCUCUUUUUCCUCUCUAGCGGCUUCAGUCAGGACUUCCCCUGCUGAGCUUUGUCGUUCUUUUGGAGCCCACCGAGGCCUGCUCUGAUCACUCCAAUUAGCCGCAGUUUUAGCAUCCGGGUCUGUCUCAGAUUUCGGAUCUGUGUGUCGGGUUCACUGAAAGCUCCGGUCUUGAGAUCGAGAUCUGUGUUCUGUUCAAUUGGGUCUCGGUCUUGUUUAUUUCUACAGGAUUUCCGAUGGUCUCGUGGUAGCUUUCCGGGUUAAUUAGGGGGACUAUGUUGUGUCUGCGUCAUCUCAGGACGGAAGGAAGAAAUCAUGUUGUUGUGCUGAUGAGCCAUUCGGGUAUUCCCUUUCCCUUGCUGAUGGGUCUGAAGAAGCCAUGGAUUUGUUCAAUCUGACCUGUUGAGUGAUUCUUCUCCGCUUCCUGUAUGGCCUCGAAACCUGCUUCAAGAGCUUCUCCUGGUCCGAAGCAACAGCAUAAAACUGCCGGCGCUCCUGCACCAGAGAAAAACGAGCUAAAGCCUUUACCUCCGCAAAACUCGAAGCAAGACCCAGCGGAAUCUUCUGAAAACAAAAGGGUCGUGAGUUUGGAUCAAAAGGGCUCUCUGGAAUCACAAGUCAGUAAAAUGAGCAUAAAUUCUAGCUCACCGGUGCCAGUGGACGCAACGAAUAGAGUCAGUUCUCAGGAUGGUUCUGUCGAUCAGGAGAAGAAGACAUCGGACCGAGGAAGUGUCAAGGACAGUUCUGUUUCUGCAAAAGUUAGUGACCGGGGAGAUUUUGUUGAGAGCGGGAAGAGCAGUAUCUGCAGAGGAAGCACAAGCAGUGACAUUAGCGAUGAGAGCAGCUGUAGCAGCUUCAGCAGUGGCAUCAACAAGCCCCAUAAAGCGAAUGACCUCAGGUGGGAAGCGAUACAGGUCGUCCGAGCAAGAGAUGGAGUAUUGGGUCUGAGCCAUUUCAGGCUUCUGAAACGGUUAGGCUGCGGAGAUAUUGGGAGUGUUUAUCUGUCAGAGCUGAGCGGAACAAAAUGCUACUUUGCAAUGAAGGUAAUGGACAAGGGCUCUCUUGCGAGCCGAAAGAAGCUGCUUCGGGCUCAGACGGAGAGGGAGAUUUUGCAGUCUCUAGACCACCCAUUCCUUCCUACUCUGUAUACUCACUUCGAGACCGAUAAAUUCUCGUGCUUGGUAAUGGAGUUUUGCCCGGGCGGAGACCUGCACACUCUUCGCCAGAAGCAGCCCGGGAAAUACUUUCCCGAGCAGGCAGUAAAAUUUUAUGUGGCUGAGGUCUUGCUGGCCCUAGAGUACCUCCACAUGCUCGGGAUUAUCUACCGGGACCUCAAACCCGAGAACGUUCUCGUUCGAGAAGAUGGUCACAUAAUGCUGUCGGACUUUGACCUCUCCCUCCGCUGUGCUGUUAGCCCAACUCUCGUCAAAACCUCCUCUCUCGAGUCCUCUGAGCCUUUGAGGAAGAAUUCUGCUUAUUGCGUCCAACCCGCAUGUAUCGAACCGUCAUGCAUCCAGCCUUCUUGUGUGGUCCCUACGACAUGCUUCUCUCCCCGAAUCUUCUCCAGUAAGUCCAAGAAAGACCGGAAACCCAAAAUUGAAGUGGGAAACCAAGUGAGCCCAUUGCCCGAGCUUAUUGCAGAGCCAACAGAUGCUCGUUCAAUGUCGUUCGUUGGGACCCACGAGUACUUAGCCCCUGAGAUAAUCAAAGGAGAGGGCCAUGGGAGCGCCGUGGAUUGGUGGACUUUUGGGAUCUUUCUCUAUGAACUUUUGUUCGGAAAGACCCCUUUCAAAGGAUCAGGAAACCGGGCCACGCUAUUCAAUGUCGUGGGUCAACCAUUGAGAUUUCCCGAGUCACCGGUAGUGAGUUUUGCGGCUCGGGAUUUGAUAAGAGGGCUGCUUGUGAAGGAGCCGCAGCACAGGUUGGCCUAUAAGAGAGGGGCCACUGAGAUAAAGCAGCACCCCUUCUUCGAAGGCGUGAACUGGGCUCUGAUUCGGUGUGCUACACCUCCCGAGAUUCCAAGGCCUGUGGAGAUAGAGAGGAUUCCCACAGGCCCACCGUCGAGCGAAAAGGCUGCUAGUGUCGCCGCCGCCCCUCCUACAGCUGGUCCUGAUAAGAAGGGAUCGGAUAAUUAUCUCGAGUUUGAUUUCUUCUAGUGUUACUGAACAUCUUGCGGUUUGAGGUAAGGUCAGAAAAUAGGCUGUUCCAUUCAAGAGGGAGGGGCCAUUGUCCAAUUGUUGAAGAUAAAGGGAAGGGACUGCUUGUGACUUGUGUUGUAGUUGAUGAUGCAUGUUGUUGACUGUCUGAUAAAUGUGUAUUGAAAUUAUUAUUGUUAUUGCAUGAACGAACUACUUAGCCCA